GAGAACCAAAAAAUAUAAAGUUUGUAGGAUGAAUAUUUGAUCUACUUAUUUCUUUUUCAUUAGAUGAUUAAUCUAAGAAAGAGUUACGAAUACGCCCCCUGGUGAAAGUGAAAGUAGAAUUUCUUCAACUAGGGUGAAGCGAUGGCAGACUAUCUGGCAGAAAACAAUCCCUGUGGACAAAAUAUAUUGCGGUUAGCUUCAAGAGGAAACGCAAUUAUUGCCGAGCUGCGCCGUUUAGCGGAGUUUAUACCCCCAGUGUUUAAAUUAGAAACACAGCAAGACAGACUAAGAUAUGGAGAUAUCAUAUUUGAUUUUGCAUAUUUUAAAAGCCAAGAGUAUUACGACAACAAGAUAGACAGCAAGCCUGAACUCCAAGAUUUAGAUGAAGAAUUUCGCGAGAAUCAUAUUGAUAUAUUGACCAGAUUUUACCAAGCAUUUGCCAGUGUUCAUAAAUAUGUUGUGGAUUUAAACAGAUUUUUGGAAGAUUUGGAUGAAGGAGUUUACAUUCAGCAGACAUUAGAAAGUGUUCUUUUAAAUGAUGAUGGAAAACAAUUAAUGUGCGAAUCCCUCUUUCUUUAUGGCGUAAUGCUGAUCAUCAUAGAUAACAAGAUUGAGGGAACAGUAAGGGAGCGGAUCCUAGUUUCUUACUACAGAUAUAGUGCUCAGAAGGCAGCAGCAGGUGACUCUAACAUAGACGAUGUCUGUAAGCUGUUAUGUAGUACAGGAUUCCAGAACACUGCCACCGCCAGGAGGCCACCAAAUUACCCAGAAUCCUAUUUCAACCGAGUUCCCAUAAACCCUGAGUUUGUGAACAUGGUGAUUGGUCGUUUACGUUCAGAUGACAUUUACAAUCAGAUCUCAGCUUACCCCCUCCCUGAGCAUCGGUCCACAGCAUUAGCCACACAGGCCAGCAUGCUCUAUGUCAUCCUCUACUUUGACCCCGAAAUUCUUCACAACCAGCAGGCAAAAAUGAGGGAAAUUGUUGAUAAACACUUCCCAGAUAACUGGGUGAUAGGUGUUUACAUGGGUAUGACUGUUAAUUUACUCGAUGCCUGGGCACCAUACAGAGCAGCCUGCACGGCCCUAAACAACACGUUAGAAGUCUCCAAUGUCCGAGAACAGUCUGUGAAAUAUGCCACUAAAAUGCAGAAGUUGAUGGCUCCCCUUGACAAGUACCUCAAGGAAGGGGUGUUGACAGAAGAAUUUGUUUUGGAUAACAUUCCCAAGAUGAUGAAUGUUCUCAGGGACAGUAAUGUAGCUCUACGCUGGCUGAUGUUACAUAGCUCAGGACUCUCACCAAGUGCUGAGCAAAAUAAGAGAUGUAAAGCUCUCAGAGAGCAAGUCAUGGUGGAUUCCAAGUACAACCCUCUGGCUGUGUUCCAGCUUCUGCUCAACACUGGGCAGUUUGAAUUUAAACUCAAGGAGAUGUUCAAGCAAAUGUUGGUAGACAAACAGCAGAAGUGGGAAGACCAUAAGAAAGAAGGCAGCGAACGAAUGGCUGAGCUUGGUGAAGUAUUCUCCGGAACUAAACCACUCACCAGAGUCGAAAAGAAUGACAAUUUACAAGCAUGGUUCACAGAAAUGGCUAAGCAGAUUUCCUCCCUUAAUUAUGAUGAUUCCACAACGGCAGGACGUAAGAUUGUCCAGCUGAUUCAGGCUCUGGAGGAGGUCCAGGAGUUCCAUCAACUGGAGAGUAACCUGCAGGUCAAGCAGUUUCUAGCAGACACCAGAAAAUAUCUACAUCAGAUGAUUAGAACCAUCAACAUUAAAGAGGAGGUCCUCAUAACGGUUCAGAUUGUAGGAGAUCUGUCCUACGCCUGGGACAUCAUGGAUAGUUAUACAAUGUAUAUGCAGCAAGGCAUCAAAAAGGAUCCUUCUCUAGUCAUAAAACUCAGAGCAACAUUUCUUAAGAUGGCUUCAGCUCUAGAUCUACCACUUCUGAGAAUUAACCAAGCCAACAGUCCAGAUCUACUCAGUGUGUCUCAGUACUACUCAGGGGAACUCGUGGCUUAUGUCAGAAAAGUGUUACAGAUCAUUCCCCAGACCAUGUUUGGACUUCUAGCUAAAAUCAUAAACCUGCAGACGACACAGAUCAAAGAAGUUCCCACUAGACUGGAGAAGGAUAAAAUGAAGGAGUAUGCUCAACUGGAUGAAAGAUAUGAGGUAGCCAAGCUCACACAUGCUAUAUCCGUUUUUACUGAGGGAAUUUUGAUGAUGAAAACAACACUUGUUGGUAUAAUAAAGAUAGAUCCUAAGCAACUCUUAGAAGAUGGAAUUCGCAAGGAGCUUGUACAACAGGUGGCUAUGGCUCUACACAGAGGGCUAAUGUUUAAUCCAAGGGCUAAGGUGAGUGAGCUGAUGCCUCGCCUUCAAGGCCUUGGGGAAACUAUGGAUGGAUUCCGAAGGUCAUUUGAGUACAUUCAGGACUAUGUCAACAUUUACGGUCUGAAGAUUUGGCAGGAGGAAGUGUCCAGAAUCAUCAAUUACAAUGUAGAGCAAGAGUGUAACAGCUUCCUCAGGACAAAGAUAUUGGACUGGCAGAGUGUUUAUCAGUCCACUGCCAUACCUAUCCCCAGAUUUUCUCCUGUCGAUGAAAGUGUAAACUUCAUUGGGAGACUGGCCAGGGAAAUUAUUAGGAUCACAGAUCCAAGAAUCACUGCAUAUAUUGAUCAAAUGAAAGCCUGGUAUGAUGUAAAAACCAAAGCCGAACAAGUCAACAGAACACUGUUUCAGAUGUUACAGAAGUCAGUUGGGAGUUUUGGUCUGGCAGGACUAGACCGUUUACUGUGUUUUAUGAUGGUGAAGGAGCUUCAGACUUUCCAGAUGAUGUGUACUAGACUACUAAACAAUGCCAAAGACAGACAAUAUCACGACCUAAUGGAUGCAUUCUCCAAGAGUCUGGGCAAUGUCAAGACUCUCGUAGCUCAUCCACAGAAGGUCUACCCUAGUAUGAUGUCAAAAGUAACCAGAAUUUGGCCAGCAUUUCUUGAUAUUAUCCUGAAGGUAGGACAGAUGCAGCUACUGAGGAGGCAGAUCCAACAUGAGUUAAGCACGUCCUGCAAGUUCGACUCAAAAAUAUUUUCAAGUGCCCUUCAAACCAUGAAUGAUGCCCUUAUAGCAGACAUUGAGAGGCAUUACCAGGAUCCAACUUUACCCUAUCCCAAGGAAGAGAACCCUCUGAUGUUUGAAUUAACGUCUUAUUUAGAAUCAGCUGGUUUUCAUGAUCCAUUACAGAAGAUAUAUGUUACCACAAAACGGCUUCCAUUUUUUUCUUUCUUCAACUUUCUGUUAGUGAUAUCCCAUCUUCCAAAGCUCACAUACAGCAGAACUAUCAGUGGACUGGUCAGUAAGAAGGCGACUGACCACCUGGAUGCCCCACCCUUUGUGAUUGGUUGUCUGACUUUGUUGAAGCAGUACCACAAGGAGAAUACAGACAUAUUUUUAGCCUUUCUGGGACAGUAUGUCAGGUCACAAGUGGAUGCUUUGCCAGGGUCUAAGACACAGGAAGGGUCCCAGGAUGUCCUGAAUGCCCUAGUUUUCCUGGAAGACUUUAUUUAUUUCAGUGGACUAUCAAGAAAGGUGAUUGAGGCCCACGUUCCAAGUUAUCUGUUUGACGAGUACAGGAGUCAGUUUGCACCUUGAGAAAAACGUGUGAUAAACAGAAGUGUGUGCAAUAAGAGACUGCAAUUGUUACCAGACAAUUUAUAUUUUAUAUUUUCUAUAUUGUUAUAUAUAGAUAUUUCAUGAAUAUAUUUGCAAGAAAGAUAUUAAAUAAUACAAGAAUUG